CAUCCCUCGAUUGAGGUUUACAAAAGAGAUAGGCGCCAGUGAACUAGUAGGCAGAAACACCAAUCAGAUCUGACGCCGCUCAGGGCGAAGAUCUAAUCUACUGUUUACGAACCUACUACAGAGCGUCCAACACACCUUCAUGAUCGCCUCCAACCAACAAAUUAACGCGCUUACCAACUGCUGAUCAAAUUGAAUCAAGGAGCCAGAUCCACAAAUGCGGGUGCAACACCAUUUCUCAGUCACAAUACCCCUCCCUGCCAGCCUGCCGCCUCAAUUCCUCAUUGGCUGGCUUCAGAGAUAUACUACAACCCUCAAACACAACUUUUCAGUAGUCGCCUUUGUGGAAUUCUCUACUCUGCCAGCAUCAAUCGGUGACGAUCCGUUCAUCGGACCUUAUGACGAGACGGUCAGGACAUACUAUGUUGACGAGGUGUACGCGCUGAUCCCUGGACUCAGGGCGAGGAUGCAGUGGCCUAUUGUUUACAAGUCUAUACCUGAUGGAGUUCGCCUACGUGUGAUGGCCCCAAAUGGCAACGUAAUUCGGUCGUCAUGGAUUGUUCGUCAAUGUCAGAACUAUUCGUCUCCGACGGAUUCGGGAAUUGGCUCUGCCGCUAGUUCAACAGCCCUGGAGGACAUGUGGGAACUAUAUGACGAGGGAUACCUAGAAGGCAACAGAUUGUUGAUGCCAUUCUCUAGCAGAUAUAUUGAUAUGGUUCAUAACCUACAGUCCAAAGCCAUUGUUGAAGCAGCAACAAUAGACUUUCUUUCUGGGAUCAACUAG